AUGAGCUCAACGCCAGAUCGGCCACCAUUGAAGUGGUCAACUCAAUUCGACGUCUUACCUCUAGAGGCAACUCCCCCUCUGCGAGGUGAUAAGAUCAUUCUACCUCCCUCAGCACUUGAGCAACUUCUGUCCGCUGCGACCGUCACCAUUUCAAACAUAUCCCAGCCAGCGACAGCGAACUUCGAUCCCUAUAAUCCUUACAGCUUUGCCGCUGAACGACACGCUCGAGAGCAAAUGGUCGAGCAGCAACAGAACCUACCCCAUCCUUUAACGUUCCGACUGGUCAACCCUGCAAAUGGCAGGAUUGUUUUCGCAGGUAUCCGAGAGUUCUCGGCUGCGGAAAACGUGGUGGGACUGAGUCCGUUCUUGAGGCAAUCCCUGGGCUUUGGUGGCGAGAAGGGUCCGGAAGAGGUGAGCGGGAUAGACCAUGACAUGGAGGUCAACAGAUCAGGAGUCCAAGAAGCCGAUGGAACAUUCCCCAGGCUCACCGUGCAUGUACAAGAAAUACCAAAAGGGACUUAUGUCAAGCUGAGACCACUGGAGGCGGGCUACGACCCAGAAGACUGGAAGGCACUUCUGGAGCAGUAUCUGCGUGACAACUACACCACGUUGACGAAUGGUGAAGUUCUCGCAGUACCAGCUGGCAAAGAAGUGUUUCGGUUUCUAGUGGAUGGAUUGAAGCCGAAUGAGGAGGCGAUUUCUCUAGUGGAUACAGAUCUCGAAGUGGAUAUUGAGCCUUUGAACGAGGACCAAGCUAGAGAAAACUUGCAAAAACUCGUACAGAAAUCUAAAAGAGCUCCAGGAACAAGCGAAGGUAGUUCUGCAGGUGGGACGGUCGACGCGAAUACCAAUGACACGGGUCAGGUUCGCCCUGGCGAGUACGUGGACUACAGCCUCGAACAAUGGGACAAGGGCAGGGAUUUAGAGUUCGAACUGACAGCUCUUGAUAACGACAAGGACGUUGAUCUAUUCGUCUCCCCGUUCGGAGCCAACCAUCGCAGCAAACCAAGGGAGGAGGAAUUCGUAUUUGGCGACUUUUCAAGCAGAGCAACAAAAAGAGUCAAGAUACGGCAUACGAACGCAGACUUAGAUAAUGCAGAAGCCUUAUGGGUGUCUGUGAGAGGCUAUGGGGAAUCUGACCAAGACGCUCAGGGACAAGCUCCGUUACAAUACAAUUUUCGCGUCUCAUCCAUCGAUGGGUUGUCCAUCUCCAAUCAAGACGACACCACCAUGAACGAUGACGAGCCCAUUGGACCAGACGAGGAACGAUGCACCAAUUGCCACCAAGCCGUUCCUAAGCGCACAAUGUUCCUACAUCAAAAUUUCUGCCUCCGAAAUAACAUCCUCUGCCCGCACUGUCACCUCGUCUAUCAAAAAUCUUCCUCAGAAUGGCAAAAUCACUGGCACUGCCCGCACGACUCCUUUCAUGGUAACACGCUCUCUUCGCAUACCAAGCACGAUUCCCUCAUGCACACUUCCCGGCCAUGUCCAUCCUGCGACUAUGAAGCUGCCAACACCCCUGAUCUAGCACACCACCGAACCACGACCUGCCCCGGUAAAUUGAUUCUCUGUCAGUUCUGCCACCUACAAGUCCCACAGCAAGGCUCGGAAGAUCCAUCUUCCGACUCAGCAGAAGUAAUACUCUCAGGUCUCACGCCCCACGAGCUCUCCGAUGGCGCCAGGACUACGGAAUGCCAUAUCUGUAGUAAGAUCGUUCGCCUCCGCGAUAUGUCAACCCAUCUGAAGCACCACGACCUGCAACGCCUCUCUCGCUCCAAGCCACGCCUAUGCGGAAAUGUCAACUGCGGUCGCACGCUCGACGGGGUAAACAAAGGCGGCGAAGUCAAAGUCAAGGGACCAAGGAACGAUUUAGGCGUGUGUGACGUCUGUUUCGGCCCUCUUUACGUAACAAUGUACGACCCCGAUGGCAAAGCCCUCCGACGUCGCGUGGAGCGCAAGUACCUGACGCAGCUGCUCACCGGAUGCGGGCAAAGCUGGUGCAGAAACGGGUAUUGCAAGACCGGCCGCAGAAAUAUAGGUAUGGCGGCCGAGUCGCAAAGCAUGUCGUCGAAAGAAGCCCUGGCCAUGAUCAAGCCAAUCCUUGAGGGGCUCAAGGAGGGGAACGUGCCCAUGCAUUUUUGUACAGAUGAAGCGAGUCAGAAAAGAAGGAGUUUGGCUGAGAUGGUUGCCGCCGAGGGGGAUCAGAGUAGGAAAGGGAAGGCCAAAGAGAGACAAAACAUGACGGAGAAUAGUGGGUACGAGCCGGAAUGGUGUGUCGCUUCGUUGGAGGCGACGGGCGGUGAUUUGGAUAAAGCUAGGGGCUGGUUACGAGAUUUUGCGCCUACUAGAGCGGAGGCUGCGAAAUGA